AUGGAAGAAUCAAUAAAAACAGUUAUUAUAGAUAAUGGAUGCUCUAUGACUAAAGCAGGCUUUGGUGGUGAUGAUGCACCAAUUUCUGUGUUUCAAACAAUUGUUGGGAACCCAAAAAGUAAAGUUAAAGUGCCAUCAUUAUACUCUCCGCCAAGUUAUGUCGGGGAAUAUAUAAUUAAAUGCUCUGAAUUUCUCAAUUUAAAAUGUCCUCUAGAACGUGGUUUAAUUAAAGACUUUGAUUGUAUGAAACAACUGUGGGACCACACGUUUUGCUAUGAACUCCGAACAAAUCCGAGUGAAGGGAAUGUCCUAUUAACAGAAGUGGCAAACAACACAGCCCAAAACAGAGAAAAAACGACACAAAUAAUGUUUGAGGAAUUUGAAGUGAAAGGACUUUAUAUUGGGUUACAACCAUUGUUAACAUUGUACAACGCUGGAAGAACAACUGGAACUGUUUUGGAAAUGGGUGACAGUGUGACGCAAUGCAUUUCUGUGAAUAAAGGAAACGUCUCAAAAGAGUCGUUUGUUGUUAACAACUUUGGAGGAGAUGAAGUGUCAACAUUCAUUCAAAAGACAUUAAAAGAUCGAAGCAGUGUGUUUGAAUUGCAAAGUGCUGGUAAACACAUUGCAAGGGAUAUCAAAGAGAAGAUAUGUUAUGUAGCAAGCAAUUUUGUUGAAGCAAUACAACGUUCACAGAAUGAAGUUGAAACAGAGUAUAAACUGCCUGAUGGAGAGUCUAUUCUAGUCGGCAAAGAAAGAUUUUUAGCAUGUGAAGCGUAUUUCCAACCAUCUCUUCUCAACUUGGAAUGUUUAGGAAUACAUCAAAUGAUAUGCAACUCGAUCAGAAAAUACAAUAAAGAUGUAACAAAGGUUUUAUAUGAAAAUAUAGUGGUGGGAGGGGGUCCUUCAUUAACUCAAGGACUUUUUGAACGAAUUUACAAAGAGAUUAGUAACUUCUCCCCUCAAAAUAUUAAAAUUAAGACUAUAAAAAACCAAGAUCGAAAAUAUAGUGCUUUCUUGGGAGCCUCAAUUCUAGCUAGUUUGGACUCUUUUAUGCCUUCAUUUAUAACAAAAAAGGUGUAUGAAGAAAAUGGUGCUUCAUUUAUAAAUUCACAUCUCUUUUAA